CCGACGCGUCAUGAAGCCGAAACAUUAGUGCGGUUAUCGGGAAUAUUUACGUCUGUGAGAUCUUAAACUUCUCAUCGCAGGAUUUUAAAAUGUCUAAGGAGCCGGAUAAAGCUGCUUCUGGCGCGGAGAGCUGUUUUCUGGAUGAUGUGGACUCUGAUUCUCCGUCUUCUCCAUCGGCGUCUGAUGAUCCAGGCUCGCGCGCCGCUCCGCCACAGGACACCGACGGAGACGCGCGGUUCCCGGUGUGCAUCCGAGACGCGGUGUCGCAGGUCCUGAAGGGCUACGACUGGUCCCUGGUGCCGAUGCCGAUGCAGGGAAGCCGGUCUCUGAAGGACAAACCGCACGUGAAGAGACCCAUGAACGCGUUUAUGGUGUGGGCGCAGGCGGCGCGGAGGAAACUGGCCGAUCAGUACCCGCAUCUGCACAACGCGGAGCUCAGCAAGACCCUCGGGAAACUCUGGAGGCUGUUGUCUGAGAGCGAGAAGAGGCCGUUUGUGGAAGAAGCAGAAAGACUGAGGCUGCAGCAUAAGAAAGAUUAUCCCGAUUAUAAAUAUCAGCCGCGGAGACGCAAGAGCCUGAAACCAGGACAGAACGAAGCAGAAGCAGGAGCCGAGAAAAACCUUCAUCACAUGGAUCAAAUCUACAAGACGGAAGUGGGAAUGAGAGCCAUGCACCAUCAGACCGUCCAUGGAGUUCAACCACACGGACCUCCAACGCCUCCAACCACACCGAAAUCUGACCAGCAUCAAAGCAUGAAGCGCCUGUCAGAGAACGCCAGACAGAACAUCGACUUCAGCAAUGUGGACAUUUCUGAGCUGAGCAGUGAUGUCAUCGGCAGCAUGGGCCAGUUCGACGUUCGCGAGUUUGACCAAUAUCUGCCGUUAAACGGGCACACAGAGAGUGGCGGUGGGCAGCACUCCAGUCCCGGCUGCUUCAGCGCUUCUUUUCACCAUCACAGCGGCGUUUUAGCGUGGAACAAACCGUCCGGGUCACCGUCCACAUCCAGCGCAAACCAACAAAGGCCGCUCAUUAAAACUGAACAAUUGAGUCCCUCUCAUUACGGGGAGUCUCACGGCUCACCAGCUCAAUCUGAGCUCAGCGACUGUGCUGACAUGCAGAACUCUGCGUACUUCACUACAUUUUCAGGCUACCCGGCUGGCAUUUAUCAGUAUCCAUACUUCCACUCCUCCAGACGGUCCUACAUGACUCCAGUUCUCAACACUUUGUCCAGUCCGUCUCAUAGUCCCAGUACAAACUGGGAGCAGCCGGUUUACACGACUUUAACACGGCCAUGAUGAUGAGGAUGAGGAUGUCAGAAAUGCGCUGAUAAUUAUGGGACAGUGAGGCGAUUGAAUGUGAUACAUAUGAUGCACAUGAUACACUGUAAAAAGUGAUUAGUUACUUCACACUAUAACUAGUUAUAAUUAUAAGAGUAAAGCAGUUAUAACGUGGAACUUUUUAAGUUGACAUUUUUGUAAUUAUGCAUAUGGGUCAUUUACACAAUAAUUUUAAGACAAUAGGUUUACUCACGUUAUAAAAUUAAAGUCAAU